GAGAAGCAGUAAUAAAACGCUUUGUAUGUUAUACAUCUUCAGUGUGUUACCGCAUAGAGCGUAAUACGUUAUAUAAACGCGCAACGAUUCACCGGCGCUUCAUAUGAACCAUAAGCUGAUGCUUACUGAAAGGUCCCCGGUAAUGUUUCUGUAUCCCCUCGGUCAGUCAGCUGAAUGCGCAAGUUAUAUGAUCCAAGUAUAAAACUAUUUUAUUUCAAAUUACCAAAUCCAAAACAGAUUCAGGGUAGCAUUCUAUACAUACUUCUUCUUUUGUACAAGAACAGUAGUGAAGAAAUGGUCGACAGUAGUCCGGAUACUUUUGUAACCCACAAAAGAGUAGAAAAUGUGUGCAGUAUUCAACACAAUAAGUAUGCGUACGAAAUGAACAACUCUAAAUUGUUAGAAAUACUUAGAUGUUUUGAUAAACGCAGAAAACUACUCAACGAUCUAAUUAAUUUAGCUUAUAUUUCAGAAUUCAUUAGUUAAUAAAAGUAUGUUAAAGAGAAAC